AUGCCUGCUCCAGUCCAAAUACAAAAGGAGACGAUUGACAAGUUUUUAACGACAUGGAAGAACGGUGCAGCACAAGAGACCGUCGCCCUCUGGGCCGAUGACUUCGAGCAGCAGCUGCUCCCUUAUUCCCUGCAGCAGCCACCCCGACCACGAGCCCACGCUGAGUUCUUCUACCCUAAGCUGGUGAACAACCUCGCAAACUGGAAACUGGAUAUAAAACGCAUCAUUCAUGAGACUUCGCAAGGCACGGCGGCAGUCUACGCGACGUCGUCUGCAGACACGCCCAUCCCUGGAGAGUCGUGGACGAACGAAUACGCAGUCUUCAUAUCCCUCACCAAAGACGGCUCCAAGGUCAAUCGCCUGGAGGAAAUGGUGGACUCUGCGUUUUACGAGCGCUUCUUUCCGAUAUUCCAGAAGUACCUGGUGGAACAGGCACCCUAG